CUUUGGGAUGGUUCAGUAUUACGAACAUCUACAUCGAUCAGAGACUCUUGCCUUUUGUUUUUAGGCAGCUUGGAUAUAUCGACUUCAAGAUGUUUGCUGUUGAAGAUGAGGUCGACUGGAGCGAUGGGUCAAUAUGCUUGACACCGGGACCUGUUGCCUGUUAUUCUAGCCAAGUUGGAUUUGCUGCACCUUCAGGAACAGGAAGGUCUACACCUACAUUCGGGGUACAGUCACCUACGUUCGAUACCUCUGUCGAGCUCCCCGAAGAGUUUUCAGACAGGUUUUGGGACGAUCAACAGCCCAGUUCCGAUGGAGGACUCUCAGCCGGUGACAAUUUUCAAACAGGAGACGCAUUCGAUGACAUACACGAUGACACUGUAACCUGCUCAAGCCCGAGAAGCACUCGCAGUGACGACCCCUACUGGGCGGUAAAUUUAACCGAUUCGAGCCGUCGUGUAUCAAAUACAUCCUCAAAUACUGAAUAUUCAGUCGCAGCUCCGAAACGUUACCAAGAACAUUGGAGAAAGCGACUCAUCAACGACCAUAAAGCACGACUAGCUAUAAGACAGCACGAAGAUGUCGAAGCUAUCAUCAAGCGAGCUAUAGCAGCGGGUAUCGUGAAGAGCUAUCGGCGCAUUGACAAAAUUCAUGUCAACUUCGAAAGGCCACAUGUUGUACCUGAUCCAGUGUUUCAGGAUGAGGAAGCCGGGUAUUUCAAUGGAUACGCUGCAGUACAAACGCCAGACCCGGGUAGCCUAGAAGAAUUGCCCUCACUAAGGCAGCCACUGCUGAAAAGGAAGAGAAAAGCACACACACAACGCUCUUCAGCAGGAGCUCUGACUAAGAGGCCAAAGAAGAGACUGCGGACAGCAGCAGACUAUCGUCGAUACAACAAAACCAUCGCCAGAGACGAGUCAUUGCCACUUCAUCCCAGUGGAUCAAAAACUCUGGAUCCUCAUCAGAUCUUACCAGAAUCAGCAUACUUUGAACCACUGGACUCUGUGGAAAAGCCUGCAUGGCGUUGUGGGAUCAAGCAUGCCCUAGGAUAUUACUACAAUGCAGGCGAUCGAAAAGCCUGCCCAGGUUGCAAUACUAACAUUGCCAAAAACCAAUCGGCGAAAGAAAUGGACUUCUACCUGCCCAGCGGCAUGUACAGUUAUCAAGAUUCACCACCUACAACUGGCACGAAGUGGAAGCCCAGCAGGCCAACGGGAAAGAAACUGAAGCACGCGCCACAGUCACACAAUGGCAUCGCGAAGCUGCACUACUGGAAAGCCUUGCAAUCUGGGUCCUCUGAUCAUGAGGCACUUCAAAUUGCCAAAGAUGCAGUCUUGGAGCGUCUCAAGCCAAAGCUGAAGCCGAAGUCGAAGCCGAACCCAAAACCAAUACCAACAGUGCCUGAUUUUGAGCCCACGCCUGAGCCUACACCUGAUAUGGGGCCUCACCCAAGUGGUUCAAAGACAAUGGAGCAUGGGCAAGGUAUUCCCGCGUGUCAUUACUUUGAAAAAAGCGACCGCCAUGAAGAAUAUGCCUGGCGCUGCGAUGUGGCGCACGCUCUUGGACGAUACUACCUAGCUGGCGACAAGCGCAGCUGCCCUGGCUGCGGAACAUGCAAAUCAAGCCAGGCAAAGAGGCAGGAGAUGGAUUUCUACAUGCCGCCGGGUUCAGUCGUUAGGCAGGAAGCACAAGGUAUAACAUCGUGGAAGCCUCGAAAAAAGAAUAUCGCUCAGCCUAGGAAUGUUAAUGAGCAUGCACUCACACACAACCAGCUGUGCACCAAAUUCUAUGGUGAGCAUAUCGAAAGAGGUGAAGCCCAUGGUGAUGCGCUUAGAUUAGCAAUUCAAGAUAUAGAUGCGUAUCUUGAUGCUAAAUUUUCCCAGCACCAAUUCACUUCAGAAGUAACAGAUACAAACGCCAGCACGAGCAAUGUUGCCGGGGAACAGGAUUCAGAUAUGGUGGAUGUUGGUUACCAGAGCACCCAUAGCAUGACGACGGAGGAGCCUUCUCGCUUCGAGACCCAGCAUGCAGACUCAUCGGAUGAGUCUUACUGCGCGCCUGCAUCGUCGACGUUCACAAUAAAGACAGCUCAAGAUGUGACUGAUAUAUUGACGUGCUCGGAAUUCAUUGGGAACAUAGUCGUCGCCGCGGAUGGCCCGGAAGUAAUCGCUCUGGACGGAAUCACGACGAUUUCAGGCAAUCUCGACAUCGAAAACGUCGCCGAAUUGCGAUCGCUCACAUCGAACACGCUGCAGACAGUUCAGAGCUUCACCCUCAACGAUCUCCCGCAGCUCUCAAGCCUUAGCUUUGCCUCUUUGUCUAACUUCUCGUCACUGAAGUGGUACAACCUACCCUUGCUCAAAUCAGUCAUAAUUGCGCCCAGCGGAGUCUCCCAGGAAAUCGACGAUGUCACGAUUUUCAACACCGCUCUGACGGAUCUGGACUGGAUCAAUUGGCCUCUUGGUUCUCAACUCAACAUCAGCAACAACUACGCGCUCGAAACCUUCAGCAUCCCGUACAGCAAGAUUAACACAGGCAGUGCAAUAACCCUCUCAAACAACAGCAAAAUGGCGAACCUCGACCUUUCGCAGGUCAAUGGCAUAUAUGGUGGACUAGCAAUAUCUGGAGACAAUGUGUUGACAGGAGUCCGGUUCGACUCCCUCGAGACCAUUGGCGGCUUCGUUCAAAUGAACGGCGACUUCAGCAACAUCUCCAUGCCCGCUCUAAAGUAUAUCAACGGCGCCCUCAGCGUGCGCUCCACGUCCGACAUCGCCUCAUUCUGCAACGACCUACAGCAACUCGAAUCCCAAGGCCACUACGACUGCACGGCGAACGCAAACAAAGGCUCCACCACCAAUCCCACCGUCGUCACCACCCAGACCAUUAUCCCCGAGACAAGCCCCCAAGCAACUGAAGUCGUCAAACCAGAGCCACCGACACUAUCCAAGGGAGGCAAAAUCGGCAUUGCCGUCGCUCUCGUCAUUGUUUUCUUCAUCCUCCUUGUCGCCGGGAGCUUCUACCUCCGCCACCGCAUACGCUCCAAAGUCCAAGAAAUCGAACAGAAGCCGAAAGACCACGACGAAGAAGUUGCAGAUGUGUCACGGCGUAACCAGAGCAGUGCUUCGCUUGCGAACGAAUUGGAAACCCCGAUCGCGCGGCUGGAGAUCGCUCCUGGGAAGGAGAGGCACGAACUUGAGAGUCCCGCCGUGCAGGUGGAGAUAGGACAAGGCACACAGAGACAUGAGUUAGACGGGGGAAUCCCGGAGAAGGGAAUGGGGAGGUUCGACUCUGGUGAAUGGAAGACUCCUUCCACGCCUAUCAGCCCGGCGGAAACUUGGGGAACCGCGAGCAAUAAGAGUGAUACGCAUCUCAUCAGAUAUGAGCUCCCUUAGAAAGCGGCCAUCAUUUCCCCAGAUAAGGGAAUGGGGGCUUCGACAGUUAAUUGGGACGAAGACAGUAUUUCCAUUGACAAUCCGAGCGGCAGGCUAGACAUGACUAUCAGCCAUAAGAGACAUAGACUGCCGACGCCUGCGGUUAUCCAAAACCAUCAACAAAUGCAGAGCCCAGGUGGGCGCAGACACCCCAGGUUACACCUGGCCUAGGACCCCCCCAGGUCGGCCUAGGUUGCGGAGAUUCAAACAUCGACAGGCUCUAGCUGAACGCUUGAAUGCACCUAAUGCUGUCACCAGUCUAGAAGGGAGCGAAGAUCUGUUGCUAGCUAAGCACAUGUUACGAAGUUAUGACUGUACAUAUCAAAAACUAUAGACAAACAUAUUGUAAUACUGGGACACAAAGACAUUUCAUUGAUUGGAAAGUAAUAGACUCAAUAUCCGGAAAACCGGC